CCUCUUCUCUAUCUCUCUCCCUCCGCCACCACCGCGACCAGCCCCGCCGCUUCAUCGUCCUCUCCAUGGACGCGAAGCCGACGAUUCUCGUGUCGGAGAAACUGGGAGAGGCCGGGUUGAACCUCCUCAAGGAGUUCGCCAACGUCGAUUGCUCGUACAACCUCAGCCCCGAGGAGCUCUGCACCAAGAUCUCGCUCUGCGACGCGCUGAUUGUGAGGAGCGGGACUAAAGUGAAUCGCGAGGUGUUUGAGUCCUCCGCCGGGAGGCUCAAGGUCGUCGGAAGGGCUGGCGUCGGGAUCGAUAACGUGGAUCUGGCGGCGGCGACCGAGCACGGUUGCCUCGUGGUGAAUGCGCCGACUGCUAACACCGUCGCCGCUGCGGAGCACGGAAUAGCGCUGCUUACUGCCAUGGCGAGGAACGUUGCUCAAGCCGACGCAUCUGUGAAAGCUGGUAAAUGGGAGAGGAACAAAUACGUUGGUGUGUCUCUUGUUGGCAAGACACUGGCAGUGAUGGGUUUCGGUAAGGUUGGUUCAGAAGUUGCUAGGCGUGCCAAGGGGCUCGGUAUGCAUGUCAUUGCGCAUGAUCCCUAUGCCCCAGCUGACCGUGCUCGUGCAAUAGGUGUAGAACUUGUGAGCUUUGAUGAAGCUAUUUCGACAGCCGAUUUCAUAUCACUUCACAUGCCACUCACCGCUGCUACAUCAAAAAUUCUUAAUGAUGAAAGUAAGGGGAAGAUGAAAAAGGGUGUUAGAGUUAUAAAUGUUGCUCGUGGAGGUGUGAUUGAUGAAGAAGCAUUGGUGAGGGCCAUUGAUGCUGGCAUUGUAGCACAGGUAGCACUAGAUGUCUUCACAGUCGAGCCACCGCCGAAGGAUAGCAAGUUGGUACAGCAUGAAAACGUGAUUGCUACACCACAUCUUGGCGCUAGCACGAUGGAAGCUCAGGAAAGAGUCGCGAUUGAAAUAGCUGAAGCUGUGGUGGGGGCAUUGAAGGGAGCGGCAGCAUAUUACUACACCGAAUGCGAGCACGACUACCAACUCGCAGGCCCUCGGCGAUCACCAGAACGCGCACAAGAAGGAGCGGCAGCAGCUCAAGCGCGCCCAGCUGCAGGCCAGCCGCGACGCCGCCGCCUCCUGCAUGCGCAACCCCAUGGUCUCCCCUCUCACUGCCGAUUCUCUCCACGCUAUACACAAUUUAAAAGUUCGACAAUAAUAUAAGAGAAACUACAAAGG